AUGGCAACUCGAAUAGAAAACAUCAGCGCAACUCGCACCCCACCUGCCGAGUCCCACCACCCCAACCUCAGCGCAACUCAGGCCGAAAAGCAAGUCGAUCUCUCAACAACAACCAAUGUCAACCUCUCCGACUCCCAAUUUACCAUCCCAGAAGGCGGUUACGGAUGGGUCAAUGUAGUAUGCAGCAUCUUCCUCAAUGCCGUAACCUGGGGAGUCAACACUACGUUCGGUGUUUACUUCUCCUACUAUCUCCAAAACGACUAUUUUGCAGGUGCGACUCCGAUGCGAUACGCCUAUGUCGGAGGACUCUCCGUAGCAUCAUGUAUGCUUGUUGCUCCGUUUGUGAAUUUGUUAUGGCGGUCCAGUGGAUGGUUUAAAACGCCGUUAUAUUUGGGGAUGAUUUUCAUCAGUCUCGGUCAGGUCGGUGCUGGGUUGUGUAAGACGUAUAUCCAGCUUUUGUUUACACAAGGGUUCGUAUUUGGAAUUGGGUUGGGGUUGACGAUGAUUCCAAGUCAGCCCUUGUUGAGUCAGUGGUUUAGGAAGAAGUUGAGUUAUGCUCAGGGGUUAGGCGCUGCUGGGAGCGGGUUGGGGGGAUUGGUGUUGGCAAAUACAACGAGGUAUCUCAUCGCAAACAAAUCGCUCGAGUAUGCGCUCAUUUGUAACGGGAUCGUAUCCUUCGUCGUCCUCCUUCCUUGCAUUACGCUGAUGAAGAGUACAGAACCGCAAACACUUCGGUUCAUCCCUUCGAAACACCGCAAGAUUUCCUCGAUAUCAGCAGGCACAACAGCAGCAAAGAUCAGAAAGAAUCCGCUCGAGCUCAAAUGGAUCGUCCACCCAGGCUACGCUUUCGUUUUGCUCUUUGGAGUGUUUUCCAUGAUCGCAUAUUUUGUCGCACUCUAUUCCCUCGCAGCCUUCGCAUCCUCUGGUCUGGGAUUGACGCAGAAACAAGCUUCGACACUACAAUCGAUCCUCGCAGCUGGACAGAUGAUCGGUCGCCCCCUCUGCGGAUUGUCGCUUGAUAUAUUCGGCAGACAUCCCUCCGUAAUCACCAUUCAGAUUUUGGCCGGGAUUACUUGCUUUGCUUUCUGGCUCCCCGCACGCUCGUUCGGGCUAUUAGUUGCGUUUGCCAUCACUCAAGGCUUGUUGGGUGGAACGGUCUGGUCGAGUGUCGCACCCAUCUCAGCAGAGGUGGUGGGGAUCAGAGACCUCCCCUCAGCCCUGGCAGUGUUCUGGCUGGCGAUGGUCUUCCCCAGUCAAUUCGGACAACCCAUUGCGGUAGCCCUGAUCAAUUACUCGAGAGAUCAUUUGGGAAGGCGAGGUGCGGAUACCUAUCUGAUUUCGAUCGGAUUUUGCGGUGCUUGCUUUGUGGUUAGUGGUGUAAUGCUCUGUUUUAGCUGGAUAUAUGUAAGAGCGAGGAAUAGGAAGGAGUUGAAGAGCGCUGUGCCAUGUGCAGAGCGACAAGUGUCGCAGCCGGACACGGUCGAAUCGGCGAAAACAUAG